AUGGCGGCUACCAACGGCGAACACCCUCCUGUCGGACAGGAGAACAUCAACACCGACAUCAUCACCCUGACAAGAUUCCUGACGGAAGAGCAAGCCAAACAUCCCGAGGCCACCGGAGAUUUCACUUUGCUAUGCCACGCACUUCAGUUCGCCUUCAAGUCAAUCGCCUACUACAUUCGACGUGCCACCCUGAUCAACCUAACCGGUCUGGCAGGGUCGUCCAACACGACCGGUGAUGACCAGAAGAAGCUGGACGUGAUUGGGAACGAUGUCUUCGUCUCCGCGAUGCGGGGAUCGGGCAAAGUCCGCAUUCUCGUUUCGGAAGAAGAGGAGGAGGCGAUUGUGUUCAACGAGAAUCCCUACGCCAGGUACGCGGUGGUCUGCGACCCGAUCGAUGGAUCGUCCAACCUGGACGCCGGUGUCUCGGUCGGCACCAUCUUCGGCAUCUUCAGGCUUCCCGACGAGAUCCUGGGUCCGCAGAACACCGUGUCCGCCAAGGACCUGCUCCGCCCGGGCACUGAGUUCGUGGCAUCUGGGUUCACCAUGUACGGUGCAUCGGCGCAGCUGGUCAUCACCAUGAAGGGCGGCUCCGUCAACGGCUUCACGAUGGAGAACUCCCUGGGAGAAUUCAUCCUGACGCACCCCAACAUGAGACUGCCGGACAAACGCGCCAUCUACUCCGUCAACGAGGGCAACAGCCAGUACUGGGACGACUGGGUCAACGAGUACUUCCACUCACUCAAGUACCCGGGUGAGGGCAAGAAGCCGUACAGCGCGCGCUACAUCGGCAGCAUGGUGGCCGACGCGUACCGCACGCUGCUGUACGGCGGCAUCUUCGCCUACCCGGCGGACAAGAAGAGCCCCAAGGGCAAGCUGCGCAUCCUGUACGAGUGCGCGCCCAUGGCGAUGAUCUUCGAGAACGCGGGCGGUCUGGCCGUCAACUCGAAGAUGGAGCGGCUCCUCAGCGUGGUGCCGACUCACAUCCACGACCGCAGCGGUGUCUUCCUCGGCUCGAAGGACGAGGUGCAGAAGGUCAUCGAUGUCUACAACAAGCACCACGGUAAAUAA